UUGCCAGAAUACGGCAAAAUCUCAUUCAAUGAUUAUAUCCCGUAAAAGGAUCCCGACCUGUAAAGGAUCCCGACCUGUGCCGCACUCUGAUUUUUCAUAUAAAAGCCUUCUAAAAUUCGCUUCUUCCAUUCCUCCCGCUCUAAACAAUACACCACAGCUCCAGUUAAAUCAACAAAAACAAUUUCCAAUGCUGCUCGUAAAGAAUUCCAAUGCUGCUCGUCUUCUUGUUUUGUUUCUACUUGCCAAUCUAAUUGUUGAUGUUGCGAACAAGCAAGGUUUAGACGACGCUCCUCAAUUUCGAAUCAAAAGGGAUGCAGAACAAGGAGGGGGAAAAGCUGUGUAUAUUCUUGUUGGUAUUGGAGUCUUUCUCGCUCUUAUAAUAGCUGCUUUGGUUUGCUUCUUUAUUUGCAAGUCUAAAGAUGAAGAUGAUGGUAAAACGAAAACUAUUGAUAAGACAAUCGAGGCGAAGCCUAUUGGAAGAAAGACGAUGACUAAGAAAAAAUGA